GUUAUUUUUCUUGCUCUCAAGCAAUGAAUCUUAGUUUUUUGUUUCUUUUUUUAUCGGCUAUCUUGAUUUUCACGUCAGUCGAUAAGAGCGCUCGCUUGCAUGUCGUCAUAUUUUUAACAUAGAUAGAUGACGCUACGAGCUCGUUUGAAAAUUCGAACGUUUCAAAUACAAUUCACCGACUCUGGAGGUUAGCACAGAGUGAUCCAACGCCGCUAUAGCCAUUGAGAGAAAACGAUAAAGUGACAUUAAAAAUAAGUGUAUUUGUUGUAAAAGAGAGUUCAGCACCUUCAAUUCUUACAUAAAAAUAAUACAAUUGCGCCUUUGUUUUGCAUAGAAAAAUAUUCGGCAACAGUGAUAUAAAGUAAUGCGUCGCUCGUGAAUCGUUUCACAACACCUGUUCAUCGAUCGAACAAAGCUUACGGCUGCGAUAGUUGAUCGCGAACUUUCACAAAGCGACGAAAAUGGGAUCGACGAACGAUCAAUAAAUAUCAAUGCAAACAAAUAACUUCCAAGUUUCAUCUAUCAAUUUUACGUAAACAGAAUUUACGCAACUAUGAAAAGAAAACUACGAUAAUAUCGUAUCGUAAAAGUGCAACUUCGUAUUUUUGUUUUUAUUUUCGUGUUAGAAAAAUGGAUGAUUGCGACGCAACUCUUGACGAAACUUUUCAGGAGCCUCGGAAAAAAUUUUGGCAGAGAUCUUCGAGAAAAAGAACGAAAAGCGAUGCUAUCAGUAUCGGCUCCAUGGAUGUUUCUUUGGAUUCUACUCUCACAUUAAAAACCAGAAAACGACGGAGAAUCACGGAAUUAGCUAGUAAUUUUUUAUUUGCUAAUUCAACCAGCAGCCGAAUCAGCAAUGUCCUUCAGAGGUCGUUUGGCGGUCCGAGUGUUAACUCCAAUACAACAUUGGACCAAGAAAACAUUGAUGCUGCGACAUUAAGAAGAAGGCAAAGCUGUGAGCCGCCAGCAGGAAACUUGACUAUACGUAGCUGGAUUACGGACGUGGCUAAACUGAGUGACGAGGACUCGCCUCAUUCAAGACUCGGUCGAAAUCAAAUAAAAAGACAAGAGGCAAUCUACGAACUUUAUUGCGGGGAGAAUGUACUUCUCGGUGAUCUAAGUGUUCUUCGAGAUUUUUACUAUCACCCCCUAUGCUCAACAGGAAUUUUCACGUCCGACGAGCUUGUAACUCUUUUUGGCGAUCUCGACGGGCUCAUUGAAAUUCACAGUAAACUGAGAGACGAACUUGUCGAAUUGCGCGAUUCGGCGGGUGUAACGGAUUUUAUUGGGCCAACGUUGCUCAAUUGGCUACCAAGUCUUACAGUACCGUACCUCGAUCGGUGUCGAUCGCAAGUGUGGGCGAGACAUGUGCUGGACGAAAAGCGUUCGCGGAGUAAACGUUUUCAAGAGUUUUUAAAGAAAAAAAUGGAGCUUCCCCGAGCGGUAGAACUGUGGACGUAUUUGGACGUGGCGAGAUCGCGCGUUGUCAAAUAUCCUCUACUCGUGAAUGAGAUAACUAGGAGGACUCCGUCCGCGCAUCCAGACCGGGCCUCACUGAAACGAGCGAGCGAAUUUCUUGCCGAUCUUCUAUGCAAAAUUGAUCGUGCCAUGGGCGAGGCUGAAUGCGAGCUGGCUCGCUCGAAGAUCGUCAUUAAACCGGACAACGAUCGUACAGGUUGCAUCGACGCUGCCACGGAAUUGAUCACCGAAGGUCCCCUUAAGGAUUCUCGUGGUUUGAAACUCCAUUGUUUCCUCUUCGACACAUGUUUCGCUCUGACGCGUCGCACAAUAAAAUCACGAUCGAGAGUUUACAAUCUUUCGUACCCGAUAAUUCCACGUGAAGAAAUAGACGUAGAAGAAAGCUCAGAAGCUGGUGAAUUCGGAUUCAAAAUUGGCAGUAAAAUAUUGACAACGAAUGGAGAACACGAAAAAAGGCAUUGGAUCGACGCGUUCGAAAAGGCCAAAAGAAUUGCGAAUGCAGCAAUUUCUGCUGGUGGAAUCGUUGAACCUUCGAUAGGGACUGAGAACGCUCGUGUAAUAUAAUUUCAACUAUAAACGAUCUUAAAUUAGAAUAAUUAAAACGCAAAAAAGAAACGAUCAACAACGAAUGAA